GAAGCUAGCCCUUCGCCUGGAUUAUUUAAGCGAGGUUAGAUCUCACACAUCCACUGUAUGUGCUGGCGGGGAGAUCGGGAAUGGAAAUGGCUCGUUUAGAUUUGACCGAAUACGACAUUUCCAUGAAGACUGGGUUCGUUCUGGAGGAGCCACUGACCCGGUUGCCUCCUUACUUCGACCCCUGGAACAAUGUGGCACUCCGGUUCGCAGAGCUGGUCGGUAACAAGACUAUGAGGGAGGAGGUUCUAAAGCUGCCUGUGCUUGACAUCGACCGCCUGUGUGGGAUGAAGGAGGAGAGACUAGCCCAUGUCCAGCUUGCGGUCAUGACAUCAGGGUACCUGUGGCAGAAUGGACUUCAGGAUGUCCCAAAGGUCCUGCCCAAAUGUUUGGCUGUUCCCUUAUAUGGGAUGUUUGAGAAACAUGGGUUCCAACCGGUAAUCACAUACGCCGAUCUGUACUUGUCAAAUGCCACACUGAAGGAUCCGAAUGCGCCUGCUGUUAUCGAGAACCUCGCCGCCAUUAUCGACAUGAUGGGAGGGUCGGAAUGGCUGUGGUUCUUCGCCGUGGGGUUAAGAGUCGAGCAGGACUUUGCAGAUGCAAUGCAGGCGUUCCAGAACGUCCUAGAUGGAACCGACGAAAAUGAUGAAGAAAAGAUCGCCAGGUCCCUUGACGAAAUAUCAGACGCUGUCCUCAACAUGCAGAAAACGAUGAAACGGUUUCACGAAAACCUAUCAGUAGAAGGCUUUUUCCCGAAAAUGACGGUUUUCUACGGCGGGUACGGGGAACUGGGGUUGCAUGAAGGCCUUAUUUUUGAAGGUGUUAAAGACGAGCCGAUUAAGGCCAAAGGUGCCAACGCUGGACAAUCGCCAAUACUCAAGGCUCUCGACGCUCUGCUAGGAAUAGAACACGAGGAGAAGAGGCAUGCAUAUACUGAGGAGAUUAUUACCUAUAUGGUACCCAAACACGGGCGCCUCAUACGGGAUUUGCGCAAGAGGCCCAAACAGUUGAAAUCAGUCGUUGAAUCCAGCAGCAACACUGACCUGCAGCAAGCCUACAACAACCUGGUCCAGUCCGUCCUCAAGUUCAGGAACUACCACGUGCAGAUUGUGACCAAGUACGUGGUUCAAGGCGUGAAGAAGAACUUCCCACCAGAAAUGAAAGAGAGUUUCCACCCAGUGCAGCAAUUUAUCAUUAACUAUGUGAAGGGGAUGAGAGAUGACUGCAAGACUGGGGCAAGCUGAACCUGUCAGCUGAUUUGAAUUCGUCACCAUGGCAACUUGUCAUACAUAAUUAUUUUAGGAAUACUAAUUACACAUAUAUUGUUCCUACUCUUACAUUCGAACACCUGCUACUUUUAUCCACCAGAUAAACUGUCCUUUGUGUGAUCGAGGAAUAUAUAGCAUGAAUUUAUUUUUAAAUAUAUAUGUGACAUUUGAUGCUAUAAGAAUUACAUAUCUACCAAAGAUAUGCAUCGCUUACAUUUGAAAAGACCAAAAAUAUCUUUUUAAAUGUCAGUUUGUGACAAUUUUGCCACAAACAAUACUAAAGAAAUAUAAAAUAAUGAUGCCUAUUUAUUUAGCAUUCGUACAAAAAAAGUGAGCAUUUAUUAAAGUGUAUAAAAUGAUGAAUAUUGCCUCCAUAAUACUUAUAUUUUGGCAUAUGGUCUUCAUACUGAAUAGAGGAUAGUUAAAGAAAAUCAUGGCGGCUGUUCCCAAGGCCAUGAUACAUGAAGUACUUGUUCAGAUUAUUAAAGACAGAUGUAAAAAUAUCUGUAUUUACUCUUUUUGUGCAUUAUACCUCAUCAACUACUUUAUAACAUAGACAAAUAAAGUUUCCUUGUAUUUUGAUUUCUUGCUACAGAUGUGUCUAAAAUGGAUUAAGUUUUUUACCCAAAACAUGUUUUGCCAAGAAUGUAUUCACUUGACCAAAUGCAGUCAUAGGGUGCCCUUAUCAGCAUUGACAUUGACAGCAUUCAGAUCUGGUUAAGGGGGGAGAGGGUAUUACAAGGAGGAGAUGUUUUCUUAUCACAUCAGGUGUCCAUCAACAUUCCACAUUAUACAUCGGAAGCAGCCUACAAAGCACUAGUGGUGUGACGAUUCAUCGAUACGCAUCGAUGCAUCGAUCCAUGAGCCGCCGAUACAGUGAAUCGAAACAAAGUUUUACAUUGUCGUAUAUCCCGAUACGAUACUGCAAAUAUGCCUCGAUACACGAUGUUUAACUUUGACUAUUCCCGAAUCGUGAUAUCUGUCAAGAAAAAAAAGACUUAUUUUUGUUUGAUGAUUAAAAUAUGUGCUUACUUAUUUUCCCUUUAUAAGUAAACGUUUUCUCGGAAAUUCUUGCGUCAAGAAUUGUGUCAGACAUAGCGCUCGUAUGUUCUUAACAUUCACAAAGUCUGUGUAUAAAAUUAAUCAUUAACAUGGAACCACGCUUGCGGAAUUUGACGAAAAAGUUUUAAAUUGAUUUUGUUUUGAUCUUAAGGUGUUUUAUAGUUGGUCUCAGCAUAACAGGUUUUAGUAUCGUUAUACGUAUCGUAUCGCCACCCUUCUAUCGGGUUUCGUAUCAUAUCGCAGCUUAAGUGCACAAUACUUUGACAAUAUAUCGUCGUGACUACAAUUUUAGUAUCGUGAUGCUUGUUGUAUGCCAAUACCAGCACUACAGAGCACUCAGCGGAUUCUCAUCAGAAUGAGUUUAGUUUUACGCCGCACUCAGCAAUAUUCCGGCUAUAUGGCGGCGGUCUGAAUUAUUCUCAUCAGAAGACAACAUUGUUCAGCAGAAGAUAAUCCACUUAGGUAACCUCAUUCUUUAUAAUGCUGUGGGGUAGCUUAGUGGUUAAUGUGUUCGCUGGUCACGCCAAAGACCCGGGUUCGAUUCCCCACAUGGGCACAAUGUGUGAGGCCCAUUUCUGGUGUCCCCUACCUUGAUAUUGCUGGAAUAUUGCUAAAAGCGGCGUAAAACUAAACUCACUCACUCACUUUAUAAUACCCUGCAUCACCGGCGAGGCUUCAUGGUAGAAGAAACUCCAUCCUCCAUAUUUAACACAUAUUUACAAACAUUUAU